GCUGUGACCUGCUGGUAGGAAGAGCACGCCAGACUCCAGUCAGAACAUGAGAAUCCGGCUCUGUCCAAGUCCCACAUGCGUGGCCAGCAGCCAGAAGGACUGAGCGCGUGUGCGCAGGGUGACGCUGCCGGUCAGUUGAGAGCAAACACGUGGCUGAGGAAUCUGAUGCUGAUCUGGUGAAGAGACUGCUAACGUGAGCCCAUGUUUAAAGACACAACCACAAACACAGGGUUGCGCCAGUGACCCCUGCCAGGGCCCGCGGAUUGCACCUGCCAUGUUAAAGCAUCUCAACAACAGUGUUGGGAAGUGGCUGCUCCACAUUUUCCCACUGUUUCCGGGGCUUGUCUGUGUUCCCUCUCUCUCCAUUACUGUUUUCCAUUAGUGGGUUUCCAUGCCCACCUGUUUGUAGGUUGUUUUCAGGUUUCAGUGUUACGCAUUCCUAUGAAAACCGGGGUUGCUGUUCUGUCCCUCGGGAUGGAACAUUCCUCUGUGUUGCAGUCUCUGGGAUUUGUGCUUCAGCACAAAAUGUGGAACGUGAGCAGCUCAGUUCCAGGAGUGUUCCAACGCUGCGCAAUGAGCGCUGCCUCCAAACACAAAGCAAUUCCUACCAUUCCAGAGACCGAGCACUUCAGAAGUUAUGUAGGUACCUUGCAUACAGUUGGGCACCAAACCAAAAGUGAAUCUUGUGUGGAUUUCACCAGCUGGGAUGUGGAGAUCCAAGAGCCUGGGCUGAGGGUGCGCAAGGAAUAAGCUUGUAGGGAAUGGGGGGAGGUGGGUGGCAGUAAUUAAGUGUCAAGAAAGAGGGUGUUUGGAGAUAUCAGUGAUAUCGGUGGGGACUGAAGGCAAAGAACGUGAGGAGAUGAAAAUGAGGAAGCGAGAGCUCCUCCAUUUCCAAAAGCCACAUGUCAGAGUGUCUCCAUCCCCACGGGAGGUGACCCGGGCACCUGGGCCCCACCUCGGAACCCCCGUUGCCUGGGCACCCAGGCAGGCCGUGCUGUGCUCUGAGACCAUGGAGCGGCGGUGGCUGCCCCUCCUGCUGCUCCUGGUGCCCUGGCUUCCGGGGCUGCGCCCCUGCCUGCUCUGCUUUGGGCCCCCCGUUCAGUGGGCCCGGCUCUGCCGUGAGAUGGCCAGGAGCUCUCAGGACUCCCAGCACCAGCACUGCCUGGAGGCCCUCGCAGAGGCUGCUGUGCCACUUGCCCCCGUCACUGUGGGUGGGUGGUGGGACCCCAGGGAUGCCCACCCCAAUGGGACCCUCUGCCCCCGUCCUGACUGGCACCCUAGGGGCCACCAUCUCAACGGGACACUCAGACGAGCAUUCUGGGGGCCCUCAAGCAUGCCACGGUCUCCCCAGUCUUGAGGUGGACUCCCCCAGGCACCCCUCAGACCCAUCUGGCACUCUCCCAACUCUGAUAUGGAUCCCGGGGAUCUCUGGGAACGCCAGACUUGCAUGGAACACUGGAUGGAUCCCAGCCCUGGGCAGGGGUACAGUGUGGACUUCCAGCAACUCCCAGAGCUUCCCAAGAUCUUGGGGGGUCUUCAGGGAUGCCUGGCCAUUCCCAGAACCCCUUUGCCCUGACCUGGACUCUGGGAAUCAGCCCUGAGCCCUCCUCCAGUUCUUACUGGAACCCUCCAGCCCUGAGCCCUCCAGUCCUGACCGUGUGAUGGUCCCAGUGCCCUUGUUGUGGUCCCAGGAGCAGCGCAGAGCGAAGCACUGCGGAAGAUCGUCAUGGAUGCCUUGCAUUUACUGGAGAAGCAGAAGGACAAGAAGCCUUUUGAGGUGUCUCUGCGGGAAGCCAUCCAAAUGAUUUGGGUGAAGCUGAGCCAGUUGGAGCAAGCUCCUGCCUGCAUCCCCCCCUGCGGGCACCAGCCGGCCGCGCGCAUCUUCCAGUGCUCAACCUGCCGCCUCGUGGACUGCCAGUUCCCUGUGGACUGCCCAGUUCAGGACUUGUGGGUCCACGAGGACGAAGCCAUCACGCUGCACUGCGACGUGCCCUUCGCCGUCCCGCCGGAGCUGCAGGUUACGUGGAUGUUUGCCAAGGACAUACGCACGCAGGACCUGGCGCUGUUUGAGGAGCUGCAGAGGGGCGUUGGGGAACCGCCCAGCCUGACCGUGCAGGACCCCACUCUGGGAACCGUCGCCUGUCGCCUGGGGGCCGCCUCUGAGACCCUGGCCCGCAAGUACUUCUACCUCAACGUGUCAGGGGGAAGCGUGGAGGCCGAGCAGGGGCUCCAGGCCCGAUUCAGAGCUGUGCUGCGCUGGCCCCAGGGCAGAGCCCCCCUGCACCUCACCACAUCCCUGCAGCUGGGACUGGUCCUUGGCUUCGUCAGCCUCGUGCUGCUGCUGCUGCUGCUGUCUGUCUGGCGAUGUUGCCGAAAAUCUCCGGAGCCUCCUAGACCCCAGUGACUUCCAGGCACCCCAUGGACCUGGACACCAGGGCCCCAAUGGGAGCAUGAAUUCAUGUGGACUUACACCAGGAUCUUUCCUCGAGGGCCGAAACAUCAGCAGCUGCUCAUCAUGCAUUGUCUGUGGGGUGUAGCGGAGUCCUGGGUCCUUUCCCUGACUCUUUGCCUGUAUGGAGUGGGGGAGAAUUUGCCUUUGCUUUUGUUACAAA